CAGUUUCGUGGUACAUAGGUACAAUAGUUACGAGGAGUUACUUGAUGACUACAACAGCGUUUAGACAUUUCCGCCAGCCCACCUAGUGGAGAUUUGGCGCCCUUCGGCCAGAUAGCCCGUGCCGUAUUCCGUGCACCGCGACCGCAAUCACUUCGUGGACGUACAUCUCCCGCUCGCGUGCUCGGGGGACGAGAGGAAGCUCCUGCAACUCAUUAAAGCACUGGAGAUGCCCCGACUCGACGAGAGUACCGAUUUAUAUCUGCGCGAGAGGGAAUCGGGGGUGCGGCACCACACAUGGCGCAUGUGGGAUAGCUUUGCUAAUUUCGCGCUUCGCGACAACGUGCUUGAAGUCGCGGUUGGUUUGAUUCUUGCUGCUUCGUUCACAGCAUGCGCGAACUCGCUCGUGACCGACAUCAUCCUCCCCGUCAUCUCACUGCUCCCCUUCCUGUCUCGUAACCUCGACGAGAAGUUCACUGUCUUCAAGGCCGGUCCUCACUACAACGUGUCCAUAUCCGCCGGCUACAAUACCAAGACGCAAGCAUUGGCGGACGGUGCCGUCGUGUUCGCCUGGGGGACAUUCAUAGACACGGUUGUGCGGUUCGUGAUCCUUGCGACCAGCAUGUGGAUCAUCGCUACAGUGUACAGCCGGACGACGGACGACAAUAUCGUGAAGAGGCAGGUCAGGUGCAAGUACUGCCGCAAGUUUAUCAGCGAGAAGGCGGUGAGAUGUGUCAAUUGCACGAGCUGGGUAGACGGGAGGGAAGAUCACGGACAUUGAGUGGGUGGCAUAUUUCUUUUUGAAGAAGACGAUUUGCAUCUUAGCGAGCAUUGCAGUAUACCCUACCCUGAUUGAAGCGAAGCAUGUGCAUACUGGGUGGCGAUAUGGCGAUUGAGUUGGAGGAGAGUCCCCUCAUUGGUUCGAACUGCGUCGGGAUUGGACAAUCGUGUUCUUGCGAUUUACACGAAGUAUGAUUAUGCAG